AUGGGAUCCCUCAAUAAAGGCCCUUAUCAACCGCCACCAACGCAGAAUGGAAAUGCUACACCAAAGCAAACCUCCCAGCAGGCACAGGCGCCUGGUCCGCUGCAUGUGUCACCAGGAGCGCAGCCACAGCCAGAGAAUGUUGAGGCCUUGAACAUUUACCAGGCCAUGUCUACUUUGGUCGAAAGGGCGCCUGCCACUGCUGUUCGACAAGUUGUUCGAGACAAGUGGGAGAAAACCCUUCUGGGCUCGCAAUACCAUAUUGCCUUCCUGUUGAAUGCAACUAUGCACCAGGCAUCUCCCGAUACCAUCACUAAAGCCGUUCAGAACUUUGGUGCUAAUAUCGCCAAGAAUGCCAAGCACGAGCUCAUAGCUCAUCUUGACUCCGACGACAUUGACGAGCUGAUGGACUCGAUUCUUUCUCGUGCCAGUUCUCAGUUUCUCGACAGGGCUCUUGCGAGGCGCCUUGAGACGAUUCAGGCACGACAGCUGGUCAAUGCAUUGGCGCGAGCUGAGCGUCUAGGCUACGAUAUCCAAGAUAUCGUCCGUGAUCAUGAUGAACAGGUAAUCCCUUCCAUGCAUUCGGUGCCCACACAAUCUACAAUGCCUGUCCCAAUGCCUUCCAUAAAUCCUCCCACUCCUGCAAUUCGUAUCCGGUAUCGGCAAUACCAGCCUAACCCUAUUCCUUCACAGCAGCCUCAGUCGACUGCAUCACCAGUUCCCAGCCAGGCUCAGAGCACAGAGUAUCCUAAGGGACCCCCAGGACUCUUGUGGUGCCGCUGUGGUUGGCCAUGCGCUUCCGAUGCAGCUCUCGAAUAUGAGCGUAAGAGACAAAUCGCUUCCACGAGUACCCCUCGAGCUCAAGCGCAGCCGCCAUCAACUCAGCCUCUACCAAACUGGGCAACGCCAACUCCUCAGCCAACUAGCACUCCUAGUAGUAAUCCGUACUCGCACCUAACACGCGAAAAGCUCGCCGAAUUCAACCAAGUUAUGAAGAAUGCUGAAACGAAAUACGGAACUCUUAUGAGAGAGGCCAGCCUUCUUCCUGAACCAGAAAAAACAAAACGCCUGGCAAGUCUGAAGAACUCGUACAACACUAAGCAAAGCACGACCCGCAAGAAGUACGGUAUUCGUCUGCGGGAGAGACGUAACCGGGCUGAGAUCGAGGCUGAAGAGGCCAGACUUUUCAACAGCCCGAGCCGCAAUGGGACACCAACUAAUGGGACCUCUGGUCUAGAAGAUGCAUUACGUCCAAAUAAGAGAAUCCGAACAGAUGAUAUUGAAUCAGGACCAUCAUCAACUGGAAUUGUGAUGAACGGCAGCCAGGAGAGUCCACAGAAGAGGAUCCCCAGGUCAGAGAUGGGUGGCGGUCUAUCUGGAUCACAAGCGACUGCGGAGCUCAACGAUCCCACAGCGCAGUUGAACCCCUCCCAGCUUCGAUACACACAGAGGCCACCUGCGGUCAGCAGUCAGCACAACACACAAUGGUCUCCAAAUCGCGCUAAGGGAGCUGUUACAGGGACUCAGCAGGAUCCCAUGUCAAUUGACGACUCCUCUGAAUCGGACAGCGAUGAUGAUGGUGAUAUUCCAGCUACGAUUAACUAA